UUCGGUUUUUUGGCUUGAUUCUCUCCUAUAAAAUCAGUGCUUCUGAUCAGCUAAUAUGAAAGUUGAUGCAUUCAGGCGCUUGUUUCCAUUGCAAUUUUAUGAACGCCAUUUUGUCAAGUCCUUAAGGCCUGAUGCGAGGCCUCUUAGCUCUGCUAGAGACACUACUAUAGCCCUUGGGGCUGUUUCAUCUGCUAAUGGUUCAGCACUUGUUAAAGUUGGCUGCACUACUAUGGUAGCUGCGAUCAAGAUGGAAAUUAUGACUCCUUCAAUGGAGUCACCGGAUGAGGCUAUUGAGUUUCACAUGCCUCCUAUAUGUUCUCCCAUUGUUAGGCCCGGAAGGCCAGCAGACACAGCACCAGUUAUAUCAAAGCAAUUAGCAGACACCAUAUCAAGGCAAGUGCCAUUUGCAGGUUCAUUGCCUUCACCCAUCCUUCAUCUUGACAUUGCUGGGAUGAUAAAUCUGAAGGAGUUAUGCUUGGUCAGUGGAAGUUCAUAGAAAGAUCUAUCUUUAUCGAAACCAUAUAUAUCAGGCUUUAGACCUUAUUCUUUAUUUUUAUUUGUAUUUUUACUGGUGCAGGAUAUAUGCUGUUUGGAUGCUGAUGGUGCUCUUUAUGAUGCUGCAUUACUUUCAGCAGUUGCUGCCUUUUCUAAUUUACAUAUCCCAGUUGUGUCCUUGAAUGAUGAAGGAAGAGUGUUUAUUGUGUCGGAGGAAACGGAAGAAGGAAAGUCGAGGAAAGAACCUGUCAAUAAAGAGAAAAGACGACUUACUCUAAACAAAGUACCGUUCUCACUUACCUGCAUACUUCACUUAAACGAGCGUGCUACUGUUCGAAUAGAUUUAGGAGUAUUUUCUAAAUCUAUCUAUACUCAACAACCAAGUUACCAUAGCGAGCAACAUUCCACACUUCUUUUGCAUUACGUAGGCCCCAAGUGCUAUGCAAGGAUAAAAUAAAAGGGCCACUCAUUUCCAAAUUUCAAUACUCUUCCAAAUUUGAGAGCUUCCUGCUGGUUGUUGUUAUUAGAGAAAGGAAGAAAGGAAAAAUUUAGAAAUUGCUGGUUGUUAUUAUUGUUGGAAUAAAAUGUUUGAUAUGA